AUUACAGUAGAUAAUUUAUACAUUGAGCGGCAAAUGAACCUUGAAUUGAAUCGUCUUUAUAUUAGUUUCCUCUAGCUCUCUCCUGAUAUAAGUCAUUUAAAUAGUUAGCUUGAAAGUAGUUUGUGUACGGAGCCGGUGAAAAAUAUAGGUGCAUUUGAUUUGCGAAAUGAAGAAAGUCGUAGUUUUUGGAUCAACCGGCAUGACUGGUCUUUGCGCUGUGGAAGCGGCUUUAAAAAAAGGUGUCAACGUACGAGCCUUCGUUCGCGAUCCAUCGAAGAUUCCAGAAGAAUUGAGAAGCAAGAUAGAAGUAUUUAAAGGCGACGUUCUUGAGCCAGACUCGGUUUAUCAGGCCGUUGACGGUACAGAUGGAGUCAUCAUCGCCCUCGGAACGCGAGGCAGCUUGGAGCCGACAUCAGACAUGUCCGAGGGCACGAAGAACAUAAUCGAAGCGAUGAGAGCGAAGCAUGUCAAAAAUGUAACAGCAUGUAUAUCAGCUUUCUUGUUCUAUGAGCCGGAGAAAGUUCCGCCACGUUUCGUUGAUAUCACGAAAGACCACAAGAGGAUGUUCGAGGAGCUGCAACAGAGCGGCCUCAACUGGGUUGCGGUCUUCGCGCCGCAUAUUUCUGAUGAUCCAAGCCGUGACGUCAUCGUUGAAAUCAACCCAGAGAAAUCACCCGGACGUUGUAUUUCGAAGCACGACCUCGGCAAGUUCCUCGUCGACGGGCUAACGGAUGAAAAAUAUUUCAAGACCAUCAUCGGGCUGUGUAACGCACCUGCGCAGUGAUUUCACGUGUAGACACGACUUUAUACUAGUGCUUUGGAACGUAAUUAUGUUGAAGUGGAAACUAUGUACGUGUAUGUAUCAUGAACUGUUUAAAAUCUUAAAAAAGUUAAUUAUUUUUAAAUUUAUUUUUCUUUUUUUAAAUAGUAAUUUGCUAACAUUGUUCUAAAUUGUAUUUUAUAUUCAAAACUUUGUAUGUUUUCUAAAUUUAAAUAUUAUAAUAAAAAUAUAAGCACGGAUUAAACUGUAAAAGAUAGUGGUGAGGUUGUUUUUUAACGAAAAAAAAUCUCGUCAAACGGGUAAUACAGGGCUGUCAGAAGUAUUUCAGCUAUAAAAUUAAACUAAUUUUAUAUUUAUUAUCAUAUAGAACACAUUAUUAAUUUAUUAUACAAUUUAAAUUAUAAAAAUGAUAAAGUAAAUGAAUUCCUAAAAGUAUUGUGGCAACCCUGUCGUAAUAUUAUGGUCAUAAACGAGUUUUACUUCGAUGUAUUUAAUCUUCAGAGGUUGUAAUUAAAUGAAGGUUGUAUAUUAAA